AUGCCUAUCUCCAAGUGCCCACCCAAGUCCCAGCCCCCGUGGAAGGAAUGGGACCAAAAGGCCCAGAAGAAUGGCCUGAGACACCAGGUCCAUGCUGUCAAUGGUGACUGCUACGUGGGCGAGUGGAAGGACAACAUGAAACAUGGAAAAGGAACACAGAUCUGGAAGAAGAAAGGGACUAUCUAUGAGGGGGACUGGAAGUUUGGGAAGCGAGAUGGCUAUGGCACCCUCAGCCGUCCUGACAAAGAGAAAGGAAAGUACAGGAAAGUAUAUUCGGGCUGGUGGAAAGGCGAUAAGAAAUCGGGCUAUGGGAUCCAGUUUUACGGACCCAACGAGUACUAUGAAGGUGAGUGGUGUAGCGACCAGCGUUGCGGGUGGGGCCGCAUGUACUACAGCAAUGGUGACAUCUACGAGGGCCAAUGGUGGAACGACAAGCCGGACGGGGAGGGCAUGCAGCGCCUGAAGAACGGGAACCGCUAUGAGGGCUACUGGCAGGGAGGCCUGAAGAACGGGCCGGGGCGAUUCUUCCACCUGGACCACGGUCAGCUAUUUGAAGGCUUCUGGGUGGACAACAUAGCCAAGUGUGGCACCAUGACUGACUUCGGCCGAGAUGAGGCUCCGGAGCCUACCCAGUUCCCCAUUCCUCAGAUCAAAGUUGUAGAUCCUGACGGUGUGCUGGAGGAAGCCUUGGCCAUGGUCAAGAAGAAAGAGGAGCCCAGUGAAGCAGGAACCAAGAGGUCACGAAGAACAAGGAGACCGAUACCAGAGACUCUCAGAGCUUCAGGAGAAAAUCAAGUCCACAUCAUCCAACUGCUCAAACCGGUGGAGGAGUGA